AGUAUGUUGACAGGCCUCAUGUACCAUCGGCCCGAGGAACCCCUGGAGUAUCUGGAGAGCUGCCUGAAGAAAGUCCGAGAGAUUGGGGGCUUGGAGAAAGUUCGGUGGGACAUGUUCAUCGUUCAGGAGAAGUGGGCACUGCCAGCUGUCGGUGGGAGCCAGGGGAAGAGAACAAUUUAUCGAAGUGCUUUCUCAGAGAGCCACAGCAUCAGUCACUAUCGAUAUGAUCGCCUUCCUCCAAUUCACCAGUUCUCCAUUGAGAGUGACACCGACCUCUCAGAGACAGAUGAGCUAAUCAAGGAAUACAUGGUGUUUGACCCUUCGAAACCCCGGCCGAGGAUCAUCCUGGUUAUCGGAGGGCCAGCUAGCGGCAAGGGAACCCAGAGCAUGAAAGUGGCAGAGCGUUAUGGGUUUGUCUACAUCUCUGUGGGGGAGCUGCUGCGGGACAAGAUGCUUCAUAACGCGAGCAACAACCGGAAAUGGGGCUUGAUCGCGAAAAUCAUCACAAAUGGAGAGCUAGCUCCUCAGGAGACUACAAUAACGGAGAUAAAGCAGAAACUGAUGCAGCAGCCGGAUGCCCCGGGAUUUGUGAUCGAUGGAUUCCCCCGUGAGGUCUCCCAGGCUAUCUGCUUCGAUGAUCAG